AUGACUUUUGGCGUCACCCAACCCGAAUUUGGCGAAGGCUGUGCCGUCGUCUUCGGCGGCUCGGGCGGCCUCGGCCGCGCGAGCGCUGGCCUGAUUGCGGAGCGCGGUUCCAACGUUGUCGUCACCUACCGGUCGCGCCGCGCCGAAGCCGAGUCCCUGGUCGAGGAGCUACGCAAGCUCGGGCGCCAGGCGAGCGCGAUAGCCUGCGAUGUUACCGACCUCAAGGCGGUCGAGGCCGUUUUCAAGCAUGCUGUGGACACAUACAAGCGCGUGCACACGGUAGUGUCCGCCGGCGGCCUAGUGUUCGAUACGGGCCCGCUGGCGGAGUUCAAGGAGGAGUCCUUCCGCGGCGUCAUCGAGACCGACGUCUAUGGCUUCUACAACAUCGCCAAGGCCGGCGUUCCAGUACUGCGAGAGGCAAAGGGUGGCUCGUUCGUCGCCCUGAUCACCAGCGCAGUGAAUCGCACCGUGCCGUGCGAUGCGCUCUCGGCCACGCCCAAGGCGGCGGUGGCCAUGAUGGUGCGCCAACUCGCCACCGAGGAAGCUGAUCACGGCAUUCGGGCCAAUGCCGUGGGACCCGGCGUUAUCAACGCCGGUAUGGUGCUGCCGAUGAUGGAGACGCCGACGCGAGCGCUGCUGGAGGGCGCCACUGCGGUGACGCCGCUUAAGCGCUGGGGAGAGGCUGCCGAAAUCGCCGAGGCAGUGGCUUUCCUGGCCUCAUCGAAGGCAUCCUUUAUCACUGGCCAGAUCUUGAUGGUCGACGGCGGUCUUGCUGCCUAG